ACGGAACGCAAAUUCAUGCGAAAAGUCACGUAGGCCACCGCGCGCGUGUUUAUAUUUUGAUUUAAUAAUAUAAUAACCUGUGCAAUAAUGUGUAUUGCAUAUAAAGGCUUUUGAAUAGCAUAAUGCGAUUGUAGUGUCUCAAUAUGGACGAUUUUGGAUUAAACCCAGGCGUAGUGGUAGUGCGCGCUAAGCCAGAAGGUCAGAGAAAGACUUUCAAACCUAAUAUUCGGGCUGUAAAUAAAAUUCCACCAGAAUUACUCAAUGACCCUUUAUUAAAUAGAGCGUGUGAAGCUCUCCCACAGAAUUACAAUUUUGAAAUACACAAGACAAUAUGGAGAAUAAGGUCUUUGGGUUCAAAACGAGUGGCUCUGCAGCUACCAGAAGGUCUGACAAUGUUUGCAACUACGUUAUGUGAUAUAAUAGAGGCAUUCACUGAAGCUGACACAGUUAUAAUGGGCGACGUCACUUAUGGAGCCUGCUGCAUCGACGACUUCACCGCCAUCGCGCUCGGCGUCGACCUACUCGUACAUUACGGACACUCCUGCCUCAUACCCAUAGACCAGACUUGUGACAUCAAGGUACUCUACAUAUUUGUUGAUAUAAAGAUAGAUCCAUCACAUUUUGUGGAAACUGUUAAACUAAACUUUCCAAAAGAAACUCAUUUAGCUUUAGUUAGUACAAUACAAUUUGUAACCACACUGCAUUCUGUGGCUAAGAUUCUAAGGACUGAGGAAUAUACAGUCACUGUUCCACAAUGUAAGCCUCUGUCACCAGGAGAGAUCCUUGGAUGUACAUCUCCUAAGUUGAAUUCAGAUGUAGUAAUAUACCUAGGCGAUGGUAGAUUUCACUUAGAAUCUAUAAUGAUAGCUAAUCCUAAGGUAGCAGCAUAUAAGUAUGACCCCUAUGACAAGAAGUUUACUUCAGAGUUAUAUGAACACGAGACUAUGCAGGCAAAUAGACAGAACCAGAUUAAAAUUGCUGAAGAAGCAGAGAACUUUGGCCUCAUAUUAGGAACACUAGGAAGACAAGGAAGUACAAAAGUUUUAAGCAAUUUAGAAAAGCAAAUAUCUAAUUCUGACAAAUCAUAUGUAAAGAUACUUCUAUCUGAGAUUUUUCCUAGUAAAUUAGCGUUAUUUGGGCUUGAUGCCUUUGUUCAGGUUGCUUGCCCAAGGCUUUCUAUAGAUUGGGGAACUGCUUUCCCAAAGCCUUUACUGACUCCUUAUGAGUUUUCUGUAUCAUUAGGUAAUAGCAAAUGGUUAAAGGAUGAUGGUACAUAUCCUAUGGAUUUCUAUUCAAAUGAUAGUCUUGGGCCCUGGACACCUAAUUACAAGCCAGUGCUCUGUUCAGAUGGUGAUAAGAAAUGUGAUAACUGUUGUGGAGGGAAAGAUAAGUAGUGGUACUUACCGGCACAUCUUGGGGGAUGACAGCCGCUGUCUCACGAGCUUGUUGGAAAACUUGCGAGUCCAUGAACUUUGAAGGGAAAGUCUCAGCAAAAUUCUGUAUGGGCACAUUCUUGGUGUCCUUACUGCAAAACAACAAUAAAACUAGAUUAAAAUAUACUUUAAAUGUAUGUUGUAUUGUGAAAGAAUGUUUUAUUAUUUAAAAGAGUCAUAAUAAGUUAUAAUUAAUAAUGUCUAUCAAUAUUAGAUGCUACAUCUGAAUGUACCUACUUUUUAAUAUUAUUUGUACUUUGGGCAAGUUUUUAGUUAGAUAUUAAAUGCUUUUUACUAGGCAGCAUUAAACUACUUUUUAGAUAAAUUACAGAUGACAUGAUACAAUGACAUUAUUUAAACUUGGAAAAUACCAGUUCUUGUUAUUAAUUGAAAUUAAAUCUUAUGUAAAAUAUUUACUUAUGUAAAAGUUAACUUUUACAUAAAUAAAUAUUUAUUUAUACAGACAAUGAUAAAGUUCAAGUAUGUGAUAUUUGUACAAUGAGAACUGUAUAUUUAUAAUAUUUUUAGUUAAUUAAUUUCUACUUACCGAUGCAUCAAUGCUACUGAGUAACAGUAGUUGAACAGCUGUGGGUUCAAGUUGCCUCUGGCAAACACACAUGUUGACAGAAAGUCUUGCAACUGAUUUUCAGGAACACCUAACAAGCAAAUAUUAAUAAUUAGCUGCUAUUUUAAUAAACAUAUUAAUACUAA